ACCCCGAGAAUCAUGGUUGUGUCGAAGAAAACAAGCAUGGACAGGAGAGAAAAUCCAGAAAUAUGCACAAUACAGAAAGACUGGGGACCUCUCGUUAAUUGUAAACCGGUAUUAACACCAGAUUCUAGACACUUGUUAGCUGCCUCGGGGUGCUCAGUAAAGGUCUUCAGUACAGCAAGUGGGAGCCUCAUACAAGAAUUCAUAGGGCACAGACACAAGGUGAUAGGCAUUGUUCAACAUGACAACCAGUACGUCACUUGUGAUACCAAAGGAGAGAUGCGCACAUGGUCCUCGGAAAAACAAGAAUGUCUUGAGAAAGUCAGUCUCCUGCCGGAGGAUUCGCAGAACACAGGCCAGGUUGUGGCAUUCCAGAUAUUGAAGGAGUGCCAACAGGUUCUUCUCCUGGUGAAGAAAACUAGCAAGAAGAAAGGCUUGCUGAUGAAGUUCUCGCGGCCGUUCGGCAAGGGAAGCUCGUCAGUUUUGGCCAAGGAUGUGCAGCUGGGACAGGGCAAGGUAGGCAGUUUGGAAGUCACGUACUGCCCACUGUACCUGACACUACACAUGGCAGGCACACGGCCCUUCACCUGUCUGGUGUGGAACCCCCGGCAGGAGAUGCUGGCGACGGGAGACAUCACCGGACGCAUCGUGCUCUGGUACAACCUGACAAAUACAGUUCCCGCACAGACAAUCCUCCAUUGGCACACGCUGCCUGUUGAGGAUCUCGCCUUCUCAGUUCUUGGAAAUGAAUUGUACAGCGGAGGAGGUGAGUGUGUGUUAGUCAAGUGGCUCCUCCCCGAAGACCGCAGACACUACCUCCCCCGCCUCGGAAUGCCCAUCAAAACCAUCACAACAGACGCCAGCAACAGUUUAGUCAUAACCGGCCACACGGACAAUGCAUUUACAGUCAUAGCAUCCAAGACAAAUAAAGUCCAAGGCAACAUUCAAGAUCUUAGCAUCAAUUUGGAGAGCUCGGAGUCAUUCCCGGCUGGAAUUGUCUCUGACCCAAAAACAGGGGCAAUUGUCUUGAAUGGAAGGACAGGGCACGUUCAGCUCUACGACAUUCAUCAUAACAAACAGUUAUACCACCUGGACAUAACACAAACCAACUACAUCACUAAGGAGAGGCACCAGGUAAUCUAUAAUACCCAGGUCAUACGCAUGGCCAUGUCUGCAGAUGGCCUUUGGCUGGCCACCAUAGAAUACAGGGAUGAUUUCCAAACAUCCAUAGAACAGCGGGUCAAAUUUUGGCAUUAUAGCAUCGUCGAUCAAAACUGGUACUUGGACACCAGUGUAGAGAUGCCACACGACAAAUGCAUAAACGGCAUCGUCUUCAAGCCUUCCACGGGAACUGCAAGUAGCCCGGAGUUUGUGACGUGCUCAGAUGACGGAAAGUUCAAGGUCUGGGAAAUCGUCAAGGAUGCAAAUAUCUACCAAGAGUGCAGAGAUACGUUUCCCCAUCAGGCAAGAGUGACUUCUGGAGCUGCAGUCGUGUUGGGUUCUACCGACACCUUCCAGCCACAGCCUGUGAACAUAUCCCAUGAUGGAUCCCUGAUUGCCGCCGGCUUUGCCAACAUCCUCACCCUCUGGCUGCCACAGUCAUGCCACCUUAAGGGAACCUUGUCACAGCCCUACCUCAAGGAACAUAUCAAACAAAUAGAGUUUGGGAGAGGAGAAGGGUGCGGGUCACUAUUGGUUACAAGAACAGACAGCUGGAUCUGCUCAUGGGACCUUUUCACUUGCACGUUGUCUUGGCGGGUCGGCCUCCAGUCCACUUGCAUGGCAGCUGAUCCUCGUUCAUCCCACAUGGCCGUUUUUUCAAAGGACAGUUGUGUAUUUAUCUUCGAGCCCAACAGCAGUGAGCCCAUCUGCUGGAAACGGAACAUCAACCCUGCAGAAAUCACGUGCGCAGCCUUCAUUCCCCGCCAAACAAAACUUGACUCGGAGGAAGAGUGGAACGUGCACAGCAAUCUGGUGUUCAUCGACAAGGACCAGACCCUAAGAGUACUGGAAGAGAAAAGUAGUCAGCUGUCUGUGGAUGGAAGAGCAAUGGAGAUUGUGAAGCACUUCGAGCAGGAGACCUUGAUGAAACCAGCUGCGACCCCCUUUGCCGCUCUUGUUGCCCAGACCCGCACAUCCCACGCAGGCAAGGAGAAGUCCAGCCAGAAGGGAUCAGCAGCCUUUGGGGUCCAGGUGGAGAAUUCGAUGUCGUUCAUACAGAAGAUGAUGAAUGACGCCCGUGUGUAUAGAAUGGAAGCCUUUGCUGGCAUGACGGCCAACUACUGCAACCUUCUCAUCCCCGCUGCUGUCACAAGCGAAGAGAAGCAAGUCCAGCAAAUGAAAGAAGAACAGCUGAGACAAACAGAAAUGCAGAGGAAGAAGACGAAGAAGCUGGCCAAGAAGAAGAAGAAAGACCUGGAACGAGUCCCCAACGCCGACUUCAGUGAGCUCUUGGAAAUGCUGAGUUGACGAGGGUUUAAGGCGAAGGAAGUCGUUCACGUGUCGGGUCGUUAAAGUUGGAAAGAAGAGAAAGACGUUCGACAAAACCUGGACGAAAUGAAAGACACUUUUCUCCUUUUUUUCCUCUCCUUCUUUUCUAGUUUAUUCUUUUUUUUUAUGGUUAUUGUCACUGUUGUAUUUACAAUGUGUUUUUCGCCAGGAUCCUCAAGCAUAUAUGGGCGGGAAGUUGCAAGCAUGUUUUAUGCAUAAUAUAUAGUAAAUUAUUGUAUCAUUUGGCAGUAUCAUUUGUUUUUCAUUUGUUUUGGAAUAUAAUAAGUUGUUUUUUUGUGUUAUUGACUGCACAGUUUUGCAGAGACUGAACAUUGAUGUAUCUGUCCUAUCCUGCUUGUUGUUGUUAUAUGCAUCAUCAUUGAAGCUUUUUUUGUUUAUUUUUAGUAGUAUUGUCAUUGUUACUAUUUUUAUUAUUGCUAUUAUUAUUGUUAUUAUUAUUAUUGUAUUAGUUUCAUUAUUUUUCUUCAUAUUGCUAUUAUUUUGAAUGUUGACAUACAAAAUCAGAGGUUUUAUAUGAACUUUCAUUUGUGGAGUUUGCGUAUGUGCUAUGACUGGAAAAGUAUUUUUGUAAAAAUAAAUACAAAGUAUAAUAAAAGAAUGCAAACAUU